CAUCACAUCGUCUCGAAAUUAUUGUUUCUGUAGGCAACGGUCACCUAAACGCGGCGGUGGCAGGAGGAGGCUAGCUGCUCGGUCGCGGUAGCAAGACUAGCAAGCGUCAAGAAUGCUCUUGACCCCUCUUUUGUCCGACGCUUUUGCAAUGGACUACUCUGCCUGUGCGCCGCGUGCAUUCGCUUAUUAUAAGUAAGUAGCGCCCGCGAGGGGAUCUGGGGCAUCCGAGCUAGCAGCUAGCCCAUCCUCGUCUGCAUACGGCUGCUAGCAGCUGCGGCGGAGCGUUGAUGGAGACCGCCGUGCCGGCGUGGGUGGCGGCGAGGAGGUCGCUGCAGGAGGCAGCCGCCGCCUCGUACGCGCACGCGCCGCGGCAGCCCACCAUGGGGAGGUCGAUCGAGACGCUGGUGGUUAUCGUGGCGGCGAUCGUGCUGGCGGCGGUGCUCGCGGGCGUCCUCGCGCGGGCGUGCGGGGGAAGGCACGUGGCGCCCAGCGGGGAAGACCGAGACGUUGAAGGCUGGGUGGAGCGCCGGUGCCGGAGCUGCCUCGACAGCGGGCUGCCACCCCCGCCCCCGCCCGGAGCAUCAAAGACGAGUGAGGCCAAAUAGAUGCUCCUGAUGUCCUGCAUUGCGUUUGUUUCCUCUUGCGGUGGUGCACCAGCACCCAGCAGAGUAGCAAUCUGGCAUAGUGUUGUGUUCAUACUAAUAGUAGGAGUAGCAGCAGGCAGUAUUAAAUUAGGCACUAGCACUGCCGCCCUGGAGACGUAGAAUGUAACUAAACAGCUGGAUGCCAAGCUGUUCUACUCUUUUGUCCACGAGGGUACGAUAUGAUUAGGGUCUCUGAAUUCAUUGCUGUUUCUGGCACCGAUACAACUUCGUAAUAAAUCCAAGACACUUAGGCAUGUAUUAUGGAUCAGAGGGAGUAGUAAGCAGCUACAUGAAUUCGGUUCGA